UCCUCCCAUCACUGCGGCGUGUCUGUGUGUGAAGUUUGUCCCUCCGCGGCUCUCGUCAGGAGUUACACUGACAGCAGCAGUAAACAUGGAGAGAGACUGCACUGUCCGCAGAACCAAAGCCCUCCAGAACCAUCAGAUCCCACAGGACGGGUCACGCGGACACAACGGGCUCGAAUCUGCAGUCCGGAAGCGCAAGCAGAAGCCGGAAGUUAGCGCGCAGCUGUUGGCUGAGGGUUCGAGUGUGCUGCUCGUGCUCGGGUUUGUGUGUCUACUGUGGGUUCUGGUUCUGAUCUCACUACAGCAGCUCGUCAUCAGAUCCAGCGGAGAAUUUAAUGCCAUCAGGGCCAGAAAACAUUUGGAUCAGAUCACCAGCGUUGGUCCACGGACCGUAGGAAGUCCAGAGAAUGAACUCACCACAGUGAAUUAUCUCCUGGAUCAGAUCGAACAGAUCCGAACUGAGAGCACAGCCGGCCCACACAGCAUCACUGUAGAUGUCCAGCGCCCCACCGGAUCCUUCAGCAUUGAUUUCUUGGGAGGAUUCACCAGUUACUAUGAUCAUGUGACAAACAUUGCUGUGAAACUUGAGCCAAAGACGACAGCACAACAUUUCAUGCUCGCUAACUGCCACUUUGAUUCUGUGGCCAACAGUCCUGGAGCCAGUGAUGAUGCUGUGAGUUGUUCUGUGAUGUUGGAGGUUUUACACUCACUGGUGAAUCUCUCCACACCUCUCAAACACGGUGUCAUCUUUCUGUUUAACGGGGCUGAAGAGAACAUCUUACAGGCGAGUCAUGGGUUUAUUACCCAGCAUCCCUGGGCUCAGCAGGUUCGAGCGUUUGUGAAUCUGGAGGCUGCUGGAGUCGGUGGGAAAGAGGUUGUGUUUCAGACAGGUCCAGAGAACCCUUGGUUGGUCCAGGCUUAUGUCCGUGCAGCCGUUCAUCCGUUCGCGUCAGUAGUCGGACAGGAGGUGUUUCAGAGCGGUGUUAUUCCCUCAGACACAGACUUCCGAAUCUACAGGGAUUUUGGGAAUAUUCCUGGAAUCGAUCUGGCCUUCAUAGAAAAUGGUUUCAUUUACCACACAAAGUACGACACUGCAGAUCGCAUACACACAGACUCCAUCCAGAGAGCAGGUGAUAACAUCCUGGCGGUCCUUAAACAUCUGGUGAUGUCAGAGGAGCUGGGUGACUCUUCUCAGUAUCGUCACGGCAACAUGGUUUUCUUUGACCUGCUGGGCGUGGUGGUGGUCGCGUAUCCCGCUUGGGCCGGCACCAUCAUAAACUACAUGGUUGCCGUGGCAACCUUCAUCUAUCUGGGCAAGAAGUGCAUGCUGCCUAAAAAUGUGGGUGGGCGGUACGUUCGUGAGCUGCUCUAUGGAUCGUGUUUGGUGGUCUUGAGCUGGUUCGUCACACUGUUAACGGUUCUGAUCGUGGCUCUGUUGGUCACUCUUAUGGGUCGGUCUAUGUUCUGGUACACUCAUUUCUACGCCGCUGUCUGUCUGUACGGAUCCGCUGCUGUCGGGAAGAUCGUUCUGAUUCACACGCUGGCCAAGAAUCUUUAUUAUGGGGGUGUUCAGCGUUUGGAGUUGGCCGAUCUCUUUUUUGACGUCAGUCUGAUGUUGUGGUGUUGUGUUCUGGUCUUCCUCACUCAACGCUCUCUGUGUUCAGCGUAUGUGCCCAUGAUGAUGGUGAUUUUCCCUCUCAGCGGCAAAAUUCUGCUUCAGAAUCACUUCAGUCAGAAAGGAGCGUCUCUACAGUACUCAGUUCUGUAUCUGAUGGGUCUCGCUGUACCGUACAUACACAUCAUGUUCUUGAUCUGGGUCGUGUUUGAGAUCUUCGCACCUAUACUGGGCCGCAGCGGAACCGAAAUCCCACCUGAGGUUGUUGUGGCGUUCCUUGUUACCCUGGCAACAGUUAUUCUCUCUUCCUAUUUUAUGCAUUUUGUUUAUUUGGCCAGAAGCACCAGGCGGAUCUUGGCUGGUCUGGGAUCAGUGUUUGUCCUGAUGCUUCUUCUGGUCUCAUGUGGUCUAUUUUUUCCGUACUCUGUAGAUCAGUCCGGUCCACGGCCGAAGCGAGUCUUCGUUCAGCACACAACACGCACAUUUCACGCUCUUAAUGGAUCUGUGGAGCGUCAGGAUUCAGGUCUGUGGAUUAACAGUCUGGAUUACACCGGCAUGCAGCACAUAACACCACAUAUACCACAAAUCAAUGACAGCAUCCGUACGCGCUGUCAGGAAGAUCUGCCCUUCUGUGGUUUUCCCUGGUUCCUCCCUGUGAAGUUCCUGGUCAGGAAAAAUUGGUAUCUUCCUGCUCCUGAAGUUUCUCCCAAAUCUCCAUUGGAAUUCCAGCUGUUAUCCAAACAGGAGACGACCUGGGGUACUGUUAAAAUGACCUUUGAGGCCAAAGGACCGUGUCACAUGUCUCUGUACCUGCGGCCUCAUGCGGGUGCGACUUUAACCAGCUGGUCAUUCGGUGAUGGGAUGCCACAGUUUGAUCUCAGUGGAGAAUAUUUCAUAUUUUACUCUCAUGGUCUCGAUGCUCCAGCCUGGAAGUUCUGGUUUGAGAUCCAGACGAAUGAGCCCUCAGAAGUGCUCACUGAUGAGGGAAUGAUCUCUCUCGCUCUCUCCGCUCAUUAUUUCUCUGGUUUGGAUCGAUGGUCGGAACCGCUGGAGUCUUUGAUGAAGAAAUUUCCCGACUGGGCUUUCCCGUCUUCAUGGGUCAGCACAUAUCACAUGUACCGAUACUGACACACCAGACUCACUAACUACAAUAUCGUGGUACAAAAGUAAUUUUACACUCACCAACUGUAUUUGUUUCUAUUAGGUUUUUUACAUUCAGAUUUUUUAUAAAUGAAACUUUUAGAUUUUUUUGCAUUGUGACAUUGUUUACUCACAAUGCAAAUAACAAAGGCCUUGAUUUCUUUAUUUUCUCAUGGACGUCUGACAGACUGAUCUGUUAAAUGUGUGUGUGCUUUAUAUAUUUAUGAUGAUGAAUGAGUUUCAGAUCAGUUCUGUACUCAACUCGUGGUCUUCAUUUCAUUACGUGAGUUUCACUUCUCUCUGAAUAAUGAGCACUAAUCCAGUGCUUUACUUUACAUUUCAAUACUACGGUCAUGUCGGAGUUUUUCUACAGCUUUAACAGAUGCUGGUUAAACGAUGUGUAAAACUGGAUCUUUAUAUGAGUUUGAGAUCAGACUUGUUUCUGUAGAUGCUAGAAUCAGAUUCUGAUCGAAUGUAUUACAUCAACACACUGUAAUGAUUGGCUUUGAUUUCUCAUGGUUUGCUAGCUGAUCGGUGAAUGGCUGAAUUAUUUCUAUUUGUAGUUUAUUUGAAGUGUUGAUGGAAACUUUGACUGUUUUAUUGGCGGUGGCAGAGGUCUGACAUUGAGCUGCAGUGUUAUUACCGUCUUAUAUUUCAUCUAUCUGUUAAUAAAUGAAUGCUAGUUAAGGGUUUAAGUUUGACUGAUUAUUAAUGAAUCACAUCAAUCACCAGCAGUGAGUGAAAGUUUAAAACUUGAUUUACCGCAGCAUGUUUUUGAGUUUGACCUCAUGAUAUUAUGGGAUGGCAUCACUAAAGUCUUACUGGUAUCCAGGAGAUGUAUACUAAUGCAUGUAUGACUUGAGCCAAACAAUAAUCUACUACAGUAAUAAACUAAUAUCAUAAACAUCUCUCAGGCACAACCAAAACAUCUGUCAGUCUGAUUCACAAAGAUGAUUUUGACAAAGUUUUAUUUUCUGGAUUAUUUUUUUAUAUGCUAAUUAUCUGAUUAACUUUAUGAAUUCUAAUUCUUCAGAAAUGUUUGAUCAGGUGACAGUAAAUGUUGCACAAACUCUGUUAUUGUGAUGAAAAAAUGAUUUAAUGUCUUUAAUCUUUGUGUUUGUUUAAUAGUUUUUUUAAUAUCUCGCUCUGAUUCUGCUGCACUGAAUUGUUCGUUCAAGACAAUAAAUCAGUUUUCAAUAACAA